AUGGGGUUUGACAAGGUGGACGUCAUCCAGGCCUUGCAAACCAUCGGCUGCAAGGCCACCGACGACCAACAAUACGUCGCAGGGUUGUUGACGCGGGAGUUCCAGUAUAAAGAAGACGAGGAGUUGGAUUCAGCGGCCGAGCGCGUGAACGAGUUGUUGGGAAGUUUUUUGUGGGACUGGAAGUUGGUGUCGAGUGAGGCGGAAAGCGUGAAGCUGUCCAAGUCGGUAUUGGUAUUGGCUACGGGUCAGGCUGUGGAGGAUGAGGACGCAGAGGCGUUGACUUUGAGGCGGUUGAAAGUACCUUGUGGGUCGUUGAGAGUGCGCGACUUGAUCCGUGUGAAGGUGGAGAGGCGACCGAUUGAGGCUGAGUCGGCGGUAGCGGCGGGUGCGGGUGCGAGUCAGGUGGAGGUGGCUAUGGCGAGUCAGCAGGGUUGUGGUUACGAGGACCCGUUUUUGGGUAUGGAGAAGGUGCAGAAUGGGCAGUUCAAUGUGGUGAUUCCUAUUGAGGAGUCAAUGAAGAUCGCUAAGGCGGCAGCAAAGAAGCGCGAGAAACAGCUGCGUAUGAUGCGCCAAUGGGAGAAGAGCCGUGUACCUCUGCCUCCGCCUAGACGACGACAUGGUGACCAGACGUUGAGCAAGUUGAAAGACAUCAUGAUCCCAACCUUCAGUGUAGCCGUGGCCGGACGUGAGUUAUUGAAGGACGCUGAGCUUAAACUUGUUUUAGGCCACCGCUACGGCCUCAUUGGACGCAAUGGCAUUGGUAAGACCACGUUCUUGAGCGCACUCGUGCGCAAAGAAAUUCCCGGCGUCGACAAAGACAUUAACAUCGGUUGUGUGGAACAGGACUUUGACGACCACUUGGAUUACACACCGUUGGAGAGCGUCUUGCGGGUUGAUGAAGAACGGGUCUCGCUCGUGGCUGAAGAGCACCGUCUCAGUCAGGAAGAAGAGUCGGAAGAAGUUGGCAAACGGCUGGCUUGGUUGUAUCGCCGGUUGGAGGAGAUAGACGCAGACAAGGCGGAGGCGCAAGCAUGCAUGAUCCUCGACGGUUUGGGUCUGAGUGUGAAGCAGUACAAAGAAAUGAAGAUCCGCGAGUUAUCGGGAGGUUGGCGCGCGCGUGUGAUGCUCGCACGUGUGUUGUUCGCCGAUACAGACAUAGUCUGUCUUGAUGAACCCACUAACCACAUGGACAUUCAUGCUGUGGCAUGGUUAACGCAGUAUCUACGACAAUCAACAAAAACUAUCAUCGUAGUAUCACAUAGUCGGCAAUUCCUUAAUGACGUCUGUACAGAUAUCAUGGAAUUCAAGGAUCGCAAACUCGCCUACUACAGUGGUGACUACGACGUGUUCGAACGUGCCAAGGCCGACAAGGAAAUGCACCUGCAACGUGAAAUAGAAAGCCAACAAGGCAAGGUCGCCCAUAUCCAAAAAUUCAUAGACCGCUUCCGCUACAACGCAAAGCGCGCUUCUCUUGUCCAAUCGCGCAUUAAACAACUGCAAAAACUACCCAUGCUCGAAAGCAUCACCGACGACCCACAACUACAGUUCAAAUUCAUGACACCGGCCGAAUUGCCCACUCCUAUCCUCAUAAUGCAGGGAGUCAACUUCUCCUAUGCCAAGUCCGCGAAAAAGGCGGAGACGGGCAAGGCGGAGACGGGCAAGGCGGAGACGGGCAAGGCGGAGACGGGAACGGCGGAGACGUCCGAGGACGACCUGCUGUUACGGAACGUGGACUUUUCGGCGGACUUGACGACGAGAGCUGCUAUUUGCGGUGUCAAUGGCAGCGGUAAAUCUACCUUCCUAAAGCUAUUACUGGGUCAGUUAGAGCCGGUCGAGGGAUUUGUAUUUCGGCACAAUAAGCUGAAGAUAGGUCACUUUGCGCAACAUCAUGUUGAUGGUUUGGACUUGACCAAAAAUGCAGUCCAACAACUGCAAGAAAAAUACCCCGACGCCAAACUCACUGAUGCACAGGCACGUAGCUAUCUAGGCCGCUUCGGUAUCAGCGGCCUACUCGCUCUGGAACCUAUGUUCAUCUUAUCAGGCGGACAGAAAUCUCGGGUUGCUAUUGCACUCAUGGCCUUCGAUGAACCACACAUUCUCGUUCUCGAUGAACCUACCAAUCACUUGGAUCUUGACGCCGUACAAGCCCUUAUAGCAGCACUCAACACCUUCGAAGGUGGUGUGAUCAUCGUCAGCCAUGACACACACCUCCUAUCCUGCGCCACUGAAGACGUCUACCACCUGGAACCUAAAACCCAAACACUUCAACGGUUCAAAGGCGACUUUGAGGAAUAUAGGCAACAAGUUCUUAAACGCAAAAUAUAG